AUGGCGAGAUGGCUAAGUGAAAUGGCACAGAGAGGGAUGGGCCUUCGAAUGGUUGAAUUUCUGGACUUUGUGGAAAGUGUUGUAAAAAAAGAGAAGCGAAAAACUCCCUUCAAAGAUGGAAGACCCGGCAAAACCUGGUAUUACGCAUUUAUGCGUAGAAAUGCCCACAUUAUUAGUUCACGCAUUGAGACACCGUUAGAACUAAAAAGAUCUAAACUAACGAAGGAAAAAACGGAUUUGUGGUACAACAGUUUUAGAGACUUUCUCAUAGAUAAGAACUUGAUUGAUAAACCAAGUAGAAUAUGGAACGCUGAUGAGACAGGAUUCAACAUGGGAAGCAACAAGUCAAAAGUAAUUGGACCUGCGAAAAGAGAUCUGUCUGUACCACACAUAACCAGUGGGAAACAGCGCUUGACUGUGAUGUUCUGUGGAAGUGCAACAGGUCAAAUGAUGCCACCCUUUUUGGUUUACCCAGAGCCAAAACCAAGAGGAUACAAUCCAUUAAAUGGAUCAAUAGAAGGGAGUGACAUUGCAUUCACAAAAAAGGGAUGGAUGGAUGUAGAUACCUUUUCAAAAUUCAUUGACCACUUUGAUAAGUUUGCGGGAACUGACCGUCCAGUGGUGUUAUUAAUGGACAGUGUAAGCAGCCAUGUGGAUUAUUCAGUUUUCAUGAAAGCAAUAGCCAGGGGCAUUGAGCUGUACCGUUUGGUUCCAAAUGCAACACACCUGAUGCAACCCCUGGAUAAGGGAGUAUUUGGACCAUUAAAGUCAAGAUGGCACAUGGUAUCCAGGAAGUACAUGAGAGAAAAUCCAGGAAAAUGUAUUGGCAAAGAGGUUUUCGCGCAGAAAUUGACAGAGGCCUACCUUCAGUUCUACAAACCUAUUACAGUAAUAAACUCAUUUAAAUCCUCUGGCAUAUAUCCAGUUGAUAGCUCUGUCAUCACAAGCGAAAUGCUGAAACCGGCAUUGACCUUCUCCGGUCCAGAAUCUGUGGCAGACCAACAUGCUGCCACUGAAGACAGUCAAGUUUCAGCAGAAGUGACAAAAGCAAAAGGAGCACUAGAAGUCUUUGAAGAAACACUUUCUACACCGUCUCGUGACCGUUACAGGAAAAGAAUACAAGAAGGUUAUAAUACUUUGUAA